GCGCGCAGGCGCGCACGUAUGCAUACGUGUGUGCGCGCGUGUCGCGAGCGUUUGACAGCGUCGACACCCCUUGACGCCGAUAAUCUACGCAGACGAUUGACGUUUCUGGCGGCCCGUGGAGGAGGAAGCUGCUUGAGCGAGCUGGGAGGUGUUUCCCUCGGCCGACGUAGAGUCGCACGUUUCGGAAUCUCUCGCUCUCGAACGGGAAUCUCUCCGCUGGUACGCACCAUCAAAACGUAUCCCCCCCCGAUCUUUCCUCAGACAAUGGACGCAUUCGGCGAUAAUUUUGUCAACGAGCCCGAGGUGGACCCGGCCGCGGAGUUCCUGGCGAGGGAGCAGGAUCAGCUGGCUGGUUUAGAGGACGACAUCACGCCGAUGGCAGUGACACUGGCCGCGGCAGCGGCGGGCCAGCCCGAAGACGAGCUGUCUGGAAAGUUUGGGAAUCUGAAGGUCGGCCCGGGAGGUGACGCUGAGGGCAGCUUCGAAAUUGUGGACACCAUCGGGCAGCCAGGAGAGGCGCAAGCAUCAGGAGAACCAAUGCCGCCUCCACCGGUCAAGGAGGAGCCUGAGAAGAUUAAAAAGUGGCGGGAGGAACAGAAGGCGCGUCUAGAAGAGAAAGACGCGGAGGAGGAGAAAAAGAGGGAGGAAUGGAAAGAAGCCGCGAAGAAGGAGUUGGAAGAGUGGUACAAGCACCAUGCGGAGGCCAUCAAUAAAACGAAGACCACCAACAGGGAGUCAGCCAAGAACGCGGAGAAGCAAUUCGUCGCAGAGGCGGACGAGGUUGAACCAGGCACCGAGUGGGAGCGCAUCGCCAAGCUCUGCGAAUUCAAUCCAAAAUCGUCCCGCACUUCCAAGGAUGUUUCCCGGAUGCGUUCGAUUAUUUUGCAAUUAAAACAGACACCGCCCACUCCCAUUAACGCUUGAUUAGAUUGAAGAGGUCAUCUUCGCAACUAGAUUUUGAGAAUACCGUUCAUGGUAAACGAAAAUUUAAAAAAAAAAGAUAUAAUGCACGUCGUGAUCGCGACGAUAUUAACAAGAUUCUCAUAAAUGUUCUGUUAAAUAAGUAAUUAUUAUUAUAUAUAUAUAAUAAAAGUUAUUGAUAAUAAAAACAUCAUGAAAUACACGAGUAAUAUAUAUUCGCGCGAGAUGCGCUCGAGACGGAACACACGGAAAUCGAGGAAUGUAUAAUAUUUUCCAGUAAUGAGCAUUUAUUGUAACUAUAAUCGGUGAACAAUAAAAAUAACUACACGCUGAUUUUAAAA